GCGCGUUCCCUCGCUGAGGUCGGUUUCCAUGACAGCGGCUGGGCGGCAGGAGCUGAGAGACCCGGGCUGCUUCUGCUUGCUCUCAGGAAAACCCCACCUCAGCUGGUGGUGGGACCUGUUCUUUCUGGGGUACACGUUCCAGAUCUCUCCGGAUCUCCGAAACUCACAUAAGGGAAGCCAAAGGCAUGUGUCAAGAAGGCUUGUCCAGACUGGCUCUGAGCAGCCCCAGCAAACAGAGCGAAUGCUCACUGGGAGACCAGAAGACACUAGUGGAGGCCCCAGGGCUUGUGGACCGCGUGCUGGAGUCUCGAAGACAUCUAUGCAGUAGCCUUCGGAAAGAAUUUCCCCAGCAUCAGAGAGAAGACCUGGCUGAAGACGCGGGACCUCGAAACUGCCUCAUGGGGGAAGUGGAGUGCACAGCACAGAGGCUGGGGGCAUGCCUGGAGGAGAUGCACAGGGGAGCCACGGAGCCCCAAGAGGAGGAGACAAAACGGAGAAAGUUAGGUGACGCACUUGAGAACGCCCUACUGGAAAUGGAAAGAUUGAAAGAUAAUCUGAUAAAAUUGAAAGAAAGCGGUGCAACCGACUUACAGAAAGCAAAGGAACAUAACCAGAGGCUGGACGAGGAAAUUCUGGCCUUAAGGAACCGAGUUCGUGCGCUUGACUCUGAGAAAAAGGCACUUGGAGAAAUGCACCUAACAUCGGGAGAGAGAGCAGGCCACCAGCACCAAGGGGAAGUCCAGCAGCUGUUCCAGAAACUGCACCGCCUCCAGCUCCUGUGCAACUCGGCUGAGAACGAGCUGCGGUACGAGAGGGGCAGGAGCUUGGACUUCAAACAGCAUAACAGUCUGCUCCAGGAGGAAAACAUGAAGAUCAAAAUUGAACUCAAGCAGGCCCAAGAGAAAUUGCUGGACCACGCCAGGGAGCAGUCGUCACUCAUGGCUGAGUGGAAGCACUGUCAGCAGAAAGUCAGGGAGCUGGAGCUGGAAGGACUUAGGCAGGCGCAGAGCAUUAAGACCCAGCAGAGCCUACAGGAGACGCUUGCUCGGGAGAAAGUGAAAGCAACCGAUGCACAGGAAAAGAUUUUGGACCUGCAGCAGAAACUAGAGCAUGCGCGGCAAGUGUGCCUCUCAGACGCUUGUGUUCUGCACAAGAGGCAGCUAGAGGACGAGAUCAAGGAAGCAAAGAGCAGCGAGGCCAGGCUGCAGCAGCAGUGUCAGGAGGAGCAGCAGAGGAGGGUCCUCCUAGACCAGGACGUAAAUGAACUCCAGAGGCAACUGAGGGCCUUGCAGGACAAAGAGAGCCAACAGGCAGCAACCAGCUCCCAGCAACAAGAGGCUCUGCACAAACAGCUGGAAAACGAGAGAAGAAAGUGCGAAGAGUAUGUCAAGAGCAACCAGGAACUGUCAGAGAAGCUGUCUAAGUUACAACAAGAGAAGGGAGCCCUAUGGCAAGAACACGAGCGGUUUCUGGAGCAACUCGGUGAGCACGUGAGAAACUACAAAGACAAACACCACUGCCACAAAGCCAAGCUUCAAAAGGUCAAGGACCGUCUGACUCACGAGUUAGAAAUACGAAAUAAGAGAAUUAAAGAACUCGAAGAUGAAACUGGGAAACUGCAACAGAAAAUUGAAAUGGAGAAGGUGUUCCAGGACCAGAUCAUGACCCAAAAUGAUAUCCUCCUCCUGGAAAAGAGGAAGCUUCUAGAACAAGUCACAAAUCAAGAAGAACUCAUUUGCAGCAGCAAGUCCACACUCUCUGCAAUUCAGAGCAAAGCAUUCCUACUGGAUAAAGAAAACCAGCAGUUGCAGGAGAACUGCCUCCGCCUCAUGCAGCAAAUCGGCCUCUUGGAGCGCAUUAUAAGGAGCAUCCAGAUUCGAAAGGCAGAGGAAACAAUGAUCAAUGACCAUGCUGCAUUUGAAGUACUCAGAAAGAUGCUACCUUUGCAAAACUCCAGUUUUUCAGGCACAGGUUUGGUUUUGUCAGUUGAGAAUCUCCAGGAGACUGGGCUACAUAAAUCGGAAGGAGCCACAGCAAUCCCCAAGUCCCCUGAGCCUCUGUCAUGUUCACAGACUUCGGAAAGCGGAUAUAUAAAUAUGGCUUCUCUAAAAGAGAACGUACAAGGGGACCAGAAGCUAGACCCAUGACGUCACCGUGGUCUAAAACAAUACUAAUGGAACCUACUAACUCAGAGCAUGGACAUGAAGGUGCUAAUUGACCCGGAGAAGUCUCACAGAAUACCCUGGGCAUCAACAAAGAGUCUUCAAAAUUGCUGAUCAAACAGUCAUUAAAAACUUUCUUA